CCGGAUCUCUGUGCCGACUCUCGACCCGCGGAUCAAACCGACGCCUGCUGCGACGAUGAGUGCUUCGGUUUGGUUAUUUAAUAAAUAUCAUGUGUUGAUGUUUGUGGUGGCAGCGAGUUUGCUGUUCGCACGUGUCGCUUCCCGAAAUCCGCGAUACGGACCCACGUUAAUGACCCGAAAGCGCCCGGCCGCGGCAAUCGAUGGUGGAUCGGUUUUGGCGGGCACCGCAAGCAAGAUGGUGGUUACGCGCGACUGCUCCCCAGCUUCGAUGACGGCGGCAGCGGCUGCGGAGGCCACGAACAGUGUCGCUCACGACGAGGAGGACGGGGGACACCGCAAUCCGCCGGUGCGCUACUUGCCCGUACCGGAUCAAUCGUUUUCCGACCAUAAGCAGUACAGAUCGAUACUGCUGGCAAACGGUUUGCAUGCAUUGUUAAUUUCCGAUCCAACGGAGAACGUAAUCAAAAGUGACGCGGGUGGCGCGGACGGCGGCAAAAGCAGCACCGACGGUGGCACCGCAUCCGCCUCGUCGUCGUCGUCGUCGUCCGAUGCUGAAGAAGCGAGCGAAGAGGAGGACAACAACUCCGGCGAAGAGGAUGGUGACGACAGUGGCAGUGAUAGUGAGUCGAUUGGCCGUGACGGGACGGCGGGAGCAAAGCUGGCGGCCGCGGCGCUCAGCGUCGGGGUGGGCUCCUUUAGCGAUCCGCGGAACGUGCAGGGACUGGCGCACUUUCUGGAGCACAUGAUAUUCAUGGGAAGCAAAAAGUAUCCCAAGGAAAACGAGUACGACUCGUACAUAAGCAAAUGUGGAGGAUUCGAUAACGCUAUCACCGAUCUGGAGGAGACAACAUUUUACUUCGAGAUCGACGAGAAGCACCUGGAGGGUGCGCUCGAUCGCUUCGCAAGCCUCUUCACGGAGCCGCUGAUGCUGCGCGAUUCGAUUUGCCGCGAGCGAGACUCGGUCGAGAGCGAGUUUCAAACGAACAACAACCGGUUCUCGUCGCGGCGCGAACAGCUGCUGGCGUCGCUUGGCCGCGACGACCAUCCGUGCAGUCUGUUCUCGUGGGGUAACCUGGAAACGCUCAAAAACAACAUCACGGACGAUGAGCUGUACACGGCGCUGCAUGACUUUCAGCGGCGCCACUAUUCCGCGCACCGGAUGCACUUUGCGGUGCAGGCCCCGUGCAGCUUGGAUGAGCUCGAGCGGCUGACGGUUGGCUAUUUCUCUUCCAUCCCGUGCAACGGGCUGCCGGCUGAUGAUCUGUCUCAGGGCUUCAACGAACGGAACGCGUUUCGCGACGAGUUCUACAGCAAGUUGUUCGUCGUGAAGCCGAUCUCGGACGUGUGCCAGCUCGAUAUCACCUGGUGUUUGCGGCCGAGCGUUAAGGACUACCAUGUAAAGCCAAUGGACUACAUCUCCUACAUAAUGGGCUUCGAGGGGAAGAAUAGCCUCACGAGCUACCUUAGAAAACACUCGCUAGCAUUGGAUGUAGAGGUAGGGGCCAACUAUGGGUUUGAGAAGAACUCGCUCUACACACUGUUCGGUAUUUCGAUCACGAUGACCGACCAUGGAUUCGAGAACGUCGAGGAGAUCCUGCGUGCGGUUUACUCGUUUGUGCGGCUUAUGAAGGCGAAAGGCGCGGACGAGCGUUUGUUUAGCGAGCUGCAGGAAUUGGAAGCGACCUCGUUUCGGUACCGGAAAGAGAAGGAAACGAGUGACAAUGUCGAAGAGUUGGUCGUUAACAUGCGUUACUAUCCACCGAAAGACAUCAUUACCGGGUCGGAGCUGUACUUCCGGUACGAUGCGGCCGAGAUACAGAGCGUUAUCGAUGAGUUCAACGAGGGUCGCUUCAAUCUGAUGAUAUCGUCCACGAAGCCGUAUCGAAAUGUGACGUACGAUCGCACGGAACGCUGGUUUGGCACCGAGUACACGGAGCUGGAGAUUCCGCCCGAGUGGAAAAGACUGUGGGAAACAGCGCAGCCGAUGCAGGAAAUCCAGCUUCAGGAGAAGAACCACUACAUUUCCACCAACUUCAGCAUACUGGCGGACGAGGAUCAAACCAAGCUCGAGAUACCUCCUUAUCCGGAGAAAAUUUUUGAAAACAACGUCGGCGAACUGUGGUUCCGUCAGGAUUCGAAAUUUAGGCUCCCGCUGGCGCUGAUGUACUUUUACAUAAUAUCGCCGCUACCCAUUAGCGACCCUCGAAGUUGCGCGCUGACCGGGUUCUUUGCUUCCAUGGUGAAGUUCCAAAUCGCGGAGGAGCUUUAUCCGGCCGAGGUUGCCGGUCUCAACUACGAGCUGUACUCCGCCGAGAAGGGGCUGUUGCUAAAGGUGGACGGUUACAACGAAAAGCUACCGAUCAUUGUCGAUGAGAUAACGGCUGCGAUGGGUCGGUUUUCCGAAACGCUCAGCGAUACUGUGUUCGACCUGAUUAAGUCCAAACUGGAGAGGGUGUACUACAACGAGCUGAUGAAGCCGAACAAACUGAAUCGCGAUGCUCGGUUGAAGGUGGUGCAGCAAAACCACUGGACGACGUGGGAAAAGUUCGGGUACCUGAAACAGUUCACUCCGGACGACAUCCGGCAGUUUGCGAGAGCCUUUUUCGCUGGCAUUAAGGUGCAGGUGCUUGUGCAGGGUAACCUUCACUCGGACACGGCCAAGCAGGUGAUGCAGAAAGUUUUGCACAACUUUAACGGAACCGCCAUCAAGGACGAGUUUACCGAUUUUCUGCACCCGGAGGAGAGCGAACAGAUGCGCGACGUCGUUGUGACGGAAACGAUCGAGGACAUCGAUAAGGACAAGGACGGCAAGGUGUCGGUCGAGGAGUACAUUGGUGACAUGUACCGGGGCGGUGAGGAUAACGAAGAGGAGCCGGACUGGGUGAAACAUGAGCGGGAAACCUUCAGCAACUUCCGCGAUAAAAAUAAGGAUGGCCUGAUGGAUGAUCAGGAAGUGAAGGAUUGGAUCACGCCCGCCGAUUUCGAUCAUGCCGAGGCCGAGGCACGCCACUUGAUCUAUGAGGCAGAUUCGGAUGCAGAUGAAAAGUUAACGAAAGAGGAAAUCAUCGAAAAGUAUGACCUCUUCGUGGGCUCACAAGCCACCGACUUUGGAGAGGCGUUAACGCGACACGAUGAAUUCUGAGGACAGUGUUCAGGGCACGUUUAGGAACGGUCUUUGUAUUGCUUCUGCGACGAUGGGAGAGGAGAGCGGAGCUUUAGUUUUAGAAAUCACCAUACGCUGGCGUGAACGUCUUCCCAUGUAACCAUCGAUCAUUGAUUCGUUUAGUCACUUAGUUGUAUGUCAACAAACAGAUCUGAUAGAACGCUCGUUUGAAACUUAUUAUUUGGUUCUUAAGCAUUGCUGGUGGACACCGACGAUUGCUGCUUAAUACUUUACUGCCAAAUUGCGUGUUCGCGGCAGGGCAGGUUGACCAAACCCGACUCCAGUUAAGAAUUCGUGAGAACCAUUUAGUACAUAGCAUUUAGGCAGGAGACAAUGACAAUCUCGCCUAGCGCAUAAGAAGGGUGGCAACAUCAAUAUCAGCAAGCAUGUUUACUGUAUUGAACGAGGCUUUGAAGAGGAAAUAAAGUAAAA